AUGGCGCCGCGAACUAGACGUUCGAAGGCUGCGGAAGACAGUUCUACCAUCGAUAGCGCUGGCGGUACUCCUGCUUCACAACCUGUCCUUCCUCAACGACGUGGAAGGUCCUCUAAAGCCACCGCUAUUGAUGGCAACUCAACCUCUUCCGCACCAACACCAGCUACAACUGUUUCAGACAGCGAGUAUUCAACUCCUGCAACCAGCAAUGCUGUAACUCCCGCGCCUUCUAUCACUAAAAAACCUACUCAGCCGGGAACUAAGAGUCAGCCGCGCUUGGUAGUUGAACUUCCCAAGCUCCCUAAAGGCUCGACUGCGACAACAGGCACCAAGUCUAGCAGCCUUAGCUCUUCGACUUCAUCUAGAGUAACUACACGCCGCCGGCCUGCCCCGAUCGCCUACACCGAGGAGGAUUCGGAGGACGAUAUAAAUAUGAUGGAGGCACCUCGUGAAAAUCCUGUCCCGGCUAAGAGUAAUAUGGUUCUUGGUCGCAAGAGACCUAGUGUUGCGAUGUCUCUUGAUUCUGGCGCUGGAAGCGAUUUUAAUUCUACAUCAAAUCGAGCCCACAAGAAGCCAAAACUUACCGAUCCUGAAAGUGAUAAUGAGUCCCACCAAGAAAUUGAUGAUGAUGAGGAGGAGGAGGCCAUUGAUGAAAACAUGUCCGACUUCUAUGAGGCAGGACUUCUUCUUGAAGAUAGUUCAGAAUCCGACUCAGAUAGCCCUGUCGCCGAUUCGCAUACAAAUUCACAUGCACAUUCGCAUACAAAUACAAAUGCGAAUGCGAAUGCGAAUGCGAAUGCGCUUCCCAGCCAGCCCCAAAUCAUUCCUCGCAUUAAUCGCGUUCCUCGCAUUCGUCGCGCUUCUCGUCCCAUGAAUAGAAAGGAUGCAAUGAGAAGGAGGUUGACGAAGCACCAUCCAGAGCUUAGUACAAUGUGGGUUGACCUUGAAAAUAUGCCCGUUCUCAAGGCCGACAAGGCCGAGCAACCUACUACUAUCUCGCGCCAGUUAAAACCAUUCCAACUCGAAGGACUUGCCUGGAUGAAGGCUAUGGAAGCAACAAAGUGGAAGGGUGGUCUACUUGGAGAUGAGAUGGGUCUUGGUAAAACGAUUCAGGCAGUGUCUUUGAUCAUGUCUGACUAUCCUGCUAAGGCACCGUCACUGGUGCUCAUGCCACCUGUUGCCUUGAUGCAAUGGACAUCAGAAAUUGAGUCCUACACAAAUGGGAAGCUAAAGACCCUGGUAUUCCAUGGUACUAAUGCCAAGGCCAAGAAUUUGACAACUAGAGAACUUAAGAAAUUUGACGUUAUCUUAAUGUCUUACAAUACCCUGGAGUCGCUCUUCCGCAAACAAGAGAAGGGUUUCAAGAGGAAAGAGGGCACGUAUAAGGAGAAGAGCGCUAUUCACCAGAUCAAGUUCCACCGUGUGAUCCUAGAUGAGGCUCAUUGUAUCAAGUCUAGGAACACCAUGACUGCGAAGGCAUGUUUUGCCCUCAAAGUCGAAUACCGCUGGUGCUUAACCGGAACCCCCUUGCAGAACCGAAUUGGAGAGUUCUUUUCACUACUUCGAUUCCUCAAAAUUACACCAUUCGCGGAAUACUUCUGCCGAGAGUGUCCUUGUUCCAACCUUGAAUGGUGUGCAGAUGAAUCGAAGAAUUGCUCACACUGUGGUCACUAUAUGAUGUCACAUAUUUCAGUCUUCAAUCAAGAACUUCUACACCCUAUUACUCGCAACGGUAACCACGGCGAAGGCAAAGAAGCACUCAGCAAACUCCGUCUCCUUACGGACCGAAUCAUGCUGCGCCGUCUCAAGCGAGAUCAUACGAAUGCUAUGGAACUCCCCGUCAAGGAGAUCUAUGUUGAUCGACAAUUCUUGAGCGAAGAGGAGAACGACUUUGCUAACAGUAUCACGGAUAACAGUCAGCGCAAGUUUAACACCUACGUAGCUCAAGGUGUCAUGCUCAACAACUAUGCCAAUAUUUUUGGUUUGAUCAUGCAGAUGCGCCAGGUUGCUAACCACCCCGACCUGAUCCUGAAGAAGAAUGCGGAGGGAGGACAAAACGUGAUGGUCUGCUGCAUCUGCGACGAACCUGCUGAGGAGGCGAUUCGAUCCAAGUGCAAGCAUGACUUCUGUCGCUCAUGUGCGCAGCAUUACGUUAAUUCUCAGGAGGCACCAGACUGUCCUCGCUGCCACAUAUCUCUAUCUAUCGAUCUCGAGCAGCCUGAGAUUGAACAGGACGCAAUGCUUGUCAAGAAAUCUUCCAUCAUCAAUCGCAUUAAGAUGGAGAAUUGGACAUCGUCGUCCAAGAUCGAGCUACUUGUUCACGAGCUCCACAGGCUGCGAUCAGACAGUGCCUCGCACAAGUCGAUCAUCUUCUCGCAGUUCACCACGAUGCUCCAGCUGAUUGAAUGGCGUCUUCGACGAGCUGGCAUCACGACAGUCAUGCUCGAUGGAAGUAUGACACCAGCUCAGCGCCAGGCUUCCAUUGACCAUUUCAUGAAAAACGUCGAUGUAGAAUGUUUCCUGGUGUCGUUGAAGGCAGGUGGCGUUGCUCUGAACCUUACAGAGGCGUCACGAGUUUUCAUUGUUGAUCCGUGGUGGAACCCAGCAGCAGAGUGGCAAUCGGCCGACCGAUGCCAUCGUAUCGGACAGACGCGUCCAUGUAUCAUCAAACGUCUCUGCAUUGAGGAUUCAGUGGAGAGCCGUAUAGUUGCGUUGCAAGAGAAGAAGACCAGCAUGAUCAAUUCAACUGUCAACUCAGAUGAAGCAUCGCUAGAGGCUCUCACCCAUGAGGACCUCCAGUUCCUCUUCAAAGGAACCUAG